CCCCUGGUGCUGCCGCCAGGGUGGCGGAAAGCGGGAAACCAGUGUGUUCACAGUUCACUACGGCCUGGCAAGCCGUCCAAAUGGACACAGCCUCUCGUCGCGUUUCGCCGCUCCAUCUCGCCAUGUAAACAAAAUCCUCUCUUUGUGUCGCGAUAUUUCGCGUAAACGCGUACCCUUUCGCCUUCUCUACACGACCAUCCUCGAACUUGUUACUUGAUCAAAUCGAUCGGAUAGCUAUGACGAGGAUAAUUACGACGAGGAAACAUCACGUGUCUCAAAAAUAACUCUGACGAUUUUAUUUAUCGAAUUGGAAUUAAAAGAUUGUUAAAAAAGAUGACAAAAAAAUUAUCGAUUAAUUUUGUUGAAUUACGAUAGGGAAUCGUCCGAUCGAUUGAAAGAUCAACGGAGAAUUUUUAUUAAUGACUGUGGGGGUUAUUUGAUUUAUUUUUGAACGUGGAACAGGAUCAUGGAACCUGGAGGGGAGGUCGAAACAUGUGGCUGAGUUGAGGUGUUGUUUUAGUGGAAUACUUGGAGAACUGUCGCCAAUAAGACUGGAGUUAAACUCCGAUUCCUGUGUAAUUCUAAAUCCUGGCUAAAUCCUGGCACACACAAGGGUGCUUUAAGUUCUGUGGCGUGACAGACUUUGGAUACUACUUAAUUGCGAGUGUUGCUGGUUGUUAGUCAACGUUGCGUUAGCAACGUGUAUUUAAUUAUUUUCGAAUGUUUUUCACCAAUCCAAUGAUUUCAUUCGAUUUUAACGGGAAAAUAUUUCUCGAAUAAAUCGAAAUAAAACGGACAAUUAAUUACAAUUGUAUCGAGGCGAAUGAGAAUAACGAUGUUUUAAAGAAAUAAUUGUAUAAUUAAUUUUAAUUAAAUUAAAAUCAACGUUCAUUGUAUUUUAUCUUAAUCCUUCGGUGUGAUUAAUUCGGUGUUUUUCAUUGGAUUCAUAUAUAUAAUUUCAAUCGGUGUAUUAAUAUAUAAUUUGCUUAAUAACAAAAGAAGAAGAAAAAGAAAAAGGGAACAAAUAUCUAAAGAGAAAAAGAUUAAAAAGAAUGUGAAUUCUUAAGAAAAUAAAUUUUAUAGUAACACUACCAAGUAAGAAGUGAAAAGAUUAAAUUUAUUUCAUUAAAAGUAAUCGAUCCGAAGACAUCGAGUAAUUGAUAAUUGAUGAAAAAAGAAGAAGAAAUAAGUACUUAAAAAGAGGAAGAUAAAUAUGAUGCGCAUUAAGAAAAAAGAAAUAAUUGAUAAUUUACUUUAUCAAAAGUAAAAUUAAAUUGAACGUUAUGAUAAAAUUAUAACAACAAUCUAAGAUUAAAUGUAAAUCAUCAGAGUUACGAUUACGAUUCCAUAUGAUAAGAUAUUGUAUCGAAAGAAAUUUCUUUAAAAUCGAUUAAAAGUGAAUCGAAGAUAAUAUUGAAAAGUGUCAGUGAUAUGUUUUAUAAUAAUGUGGAGAGUACAAGAAUCGAUAGGCAGAAUGUUGAUCGUAAAUGGAGAAACGAAAUAAGAAUUUCACGUCGAUGAUGUCCGAUACAUGUCGGGAAUCACAGCACCUGUGGAACCUUGAGGCUUUCACCAUGUUCGAAAAGCGGGCGGACGGACAAACUUCGCCCCAAACUAUCAUACAUCGGAUCGAAAUUCAUCCGUGUAACGUACCUUCUGGAACGUCUCCAACGAAUCGUCUCGAGAAUCUUGGUUAAGCUUCGAAUCCGUGCAAGCCAACUUCUCUCUUCUCUCUCCGACCAAUUCCAUUUCGCUUUUCAACUCGCAUUAUCCCGGUAAAGUGUUUGACUGGAAACCAUCAAACUGUGGAAUGGAGCUUCUAUCAACAUCUAACCCGCAUAAACCCUUCGAUAUCCCCCGUUAACAAACUAAACCAAACUUCAUUUCCGUUCUUCAAUGGCCUGGCAGGAUCCCUCUCGCAGCCUCGUCGUCGAGGUCGUCGAAGAAGCGGAACAGGGAGCGGGGCAGUGGUUCCGUUCUCGGUAACGUCGAAAUCUUAUAAAAGAAAAAAAAAGAAAAAAGAAAAAAGAUCGUGCAAAACAUGAAAAGAGAGGACAUCGAAAGAUGGAAUUAAUCGAACGAUUAGAGCGGUCGAUGCUGUUACAUCGAUAAAAUAGAGAGAGUGAGAGAAAGAAGAUGGAAGCGAACGAAACGACGGAAGAUGGAUUGGUCGCGAAUACGACCGAUUUGCCCGAUCUUUCGAACGUUUUCGUCGAUACCGGCCAAUCGAAUCAUUCCUCUAACUUGUACGAUCGCGAGGAGAACAACGACUUGGAGCACGUUAUUCUUUUAACGGUGAAAGCCACCGUGAUGGGUUUCAUCAUUCUCUGCGCCCUGUUCGGCAAUUUAUUGGUGAUCGUGUCCGUGAUGAGGCACAGAAAGCUUCGCGUAAUUACCAAUUACUUCGUAGUCUCGUUAGCGCUGGCGGAUAUGUUGGUCGCCAUUUUCGCUAUGACGUUCAACGCGUCGGUCGAACUCUCUGGAAGAUGGUUGUUCGGCUAUUUUAUGUGCGACGUGUGGAACUCGUUGGACGUGUUUUUCAGCACCGUUUCCAUACUUCAUCUGUGCUGCAUCAGCGUCGAUCGUUAUUACGCGAUCGUACAACCGUUGGACUAUCCGUUGAUCAUGACGAAUCUUCGACUGAGCAGCAUGCUGAGCGUGGUUUGGUGCUCGCCCACGGUUAUGAGCUUCCUGCCGAUAUUCGCCGGAUGGUACACUACCGAGAAACACCUCGAGUACAGAAGAAAUUAUCCGGACGUGUGCGUGUUCCAAGUGAACAAACCUUAUGCCGUGAUCAGCUCCAGUGUCAGUUUCUGGGUGCCCGGGAUCAUCAUGAUCGCGAUGUAUUACAAGAUUUAUAAGGAGGCUGACCGUCAAGAGAGGAUGCUGUAUCGGAGUAAAGUAGCAGCCGCUCUUUUGAACAAGCAUCUGCAAAUCAAUGGCAUUUCCGCUGGUUUGGCCACGCUUCCGACCGUGGAUCAAUCGCCGGAUCCACAACCAGAGGAGCCACAGAUCACGAGCAGCAGCAAAAUGAGAAGAGAACGAAAAGCUGCGAGAACGUUAGGAAUUAUUAUGUCAGCGUUUCUAGCAUGUUGGCUACCUUUUUUCCUAUGGUACAUCAUCACGUCUCUGUGCGACACCUGCGAGAGCAGCGACUCGGUGGUAGCAGUGGUAUUCUGGGUGGGGUACUUCAACAGCGCGCUAAAUCCACUCAUCUACGCCUACUUCAAUCGUGACUUCCGGGUCGCGUUCAGAAAGACGUUGAAGAGCUGUUGCGUUGCCCUACGUCCGGUUCGCGACCUACGUCAAGCUCAUAGGAAGCAGGAUCUCGUGCACAGUAACGCGUCCUCGGAAUUACACGUGAAUAAUCAACUGAGAGCCAGCGAGAUGACGAACGUGCACAUCGAGGCGUGCAUCUGAGCUUUCAGCAGAGGAUGCUCCAACUUUCGAAAUGAAGAGGAAGAAAAAGGAUCUGAUCGACGACUGUUGACAAUUUUUCAUUCGUGUACGAUUAGACAUUUUACGAAUUGAUAUCUCCAAUUGGCAGUAAACGGCCAAUCACAGUUAUGUAACCGGUGUUAACUAAUUAAUGGUCAGAGAAUCACGAAGAUUGUUUCGCUUGCCGAUUAAAAAGUGGGACAGUGCGGAAGAAAGGAGGAGCGAUAAUUGAUGAAUGUUUUGAACCGUGAUUCGAAUUCGUUGUUUUAUCGGUAAAAAGUGCGAGUCUGUUGGCUUUCAGUGUCGAGAUAUCUAUGUUGCGAGCCAAUUUAUGGGGGAAAAAAGAGCCGAACGAUUUAUACUUUGGACACCUUGUUCGAUUGAUUCCAAUUCGAAAGACUGUUAAAUUUUUGUAUCGUUUCGUUUCAUUUUUUUUGACGAGGACGAAUUAUAUAUAUUAAUAAUAUGAUACGAUACAUUUAUAAAAGGAUUUAAUUUAUGAAAGGAUGAGUAGGUGUAUUGACACAAUUUUUUACCAUAGUAAUUCGUUUUAAAUGUCGUUGCAAAUAAAAUGCUUUUGAUCGACAAAUAACAAGUACGCGUCGUAUCUUUCAAUUGCGUAAGAAAAUUUUGAAACUUUUAAAAUUGCCAAGAAACUUGUACGUAAUAUUUAUAUUUCUUCUGCGAACGAAUUAUUAAAAGAUUUAAGAUCAUUAAGAUAUAGAAAUAAGAAUACUCGCGUACACCGAUUUUUGAAAGAUACGAAAAAAUAAUGCAAAAAUUUAAGAGCCAAAUGAACUGUAUCCAAAAGUAAAAGAUAAAAAUAUAUGGCUACUCAUCCUUUGAUCAAUUUUACAUAAUAAUAUUAUCAAUUAUCGACUCGUUCUCGUAGUUGAUUAAGUCGAGUUUCAUGGUAUCGUGAACACGAAUGAACGUUUAAAGCAUUCGAUGUAAGAAUAUCGUAGAAUAUAUCUUGUUAGAAUCGUUACUAAGAAAAAAUUCGAAGAAAGUUGAGAAACAAUCGGGCACGAUGGCUGUGGAUACGAUACACACUUGUUACUACACUUGGUAUCUACGGAUAACGUGAUGUUAAAAAGAGAGUUCGAUACUUGAAGGAACGUAACGAAACAAGGAAUUUUUAACGCGGCCAACCUAUUUUAAGGCGGUGGUCGCUCACUUGCCAGACGCUGUCGUCUAUUUUCUCCGUUUUAUCAAGUCCGUAAAUAAGGUUGCUGCCCCCGGGGCAGAUGGAUGAUCCGAUUUGAGUAAUAUUUUAAGAUUGGCCUGAUAACGUCACUUUCCACUCCAUUCUUGCUUCUUUCCAUUUUCCCGUUCGCGUUAUUAAAUUAUCCCUUUUUCCCUUUCGAAACGAAAAUAGGGCGGGCGAAAAAUUGAAGAUAAAACAAUGAAAUUGUUUUCCUAGUCGUUGUGAAAAAAUGUGCAUAUAUUUUGCUUCAUUUGUGUAUUUUAUUAUUCUCCAUUGUAUAUAAUUGAAUACCAUUUUUCGUCAUCAUUUCUAAUUACUUUCUUCUUCUCACAUUUGAUGAAAAAUUUAAUAAACCGUUCCAACAAAUGAAGCCUUUUAUUUGUUUAACAAAAAAGAGAAGAAAAAAUCUAUCGAUGCAUACACUGCUCCUUUUUACAUAAAAUAUAAAUUACUUCA